AUGUUCCCUAGUGUGGCAGAGAACUCUGUUCCACUGUUGACUUCCGGCAUUGCCCGAGACGCGAUCGGCGGGAGAAGUGUGGCUGACCGCCCGCGUGACCAGGACGCGCCUUGCUCGUACCGACACGCCUGUCCCCCCGCGCCCGUCCCAUCCGAUACAGCAGCCAAGGCUGUCUCAUACUUGCUAUCUACCGCCGCGAGCAUACCUGCUCGCACACACCCUGCGCCUACCACGCACGCACGCACGCACACGAGCGUGUUUUACCAGACGUCUGACUACACCGUGGCCGUCAGCGCUGACAGGAAGAUUGGGCCCGUGACCGUCGACACUUUCGAGCAGUUCAUCGAGAAGCGGGAGGUGAGGCGGGAUGAGCUGGACCGGAGGCUCCGGAGGGACCAGUACGCCGGAGUCGAGGAGGAGGGGGAGGGGGAGGCGGUUGUCGAGGAGGAGGGGCGCGUGCACGAUCCGCCAGGCGCUGCGCGACUCGGAGUAGGAGACGCUCCCCUCCUGAACGACAUCGCGGAGCACUGCACGCUCCAGGAGCUGCAGCAGAGGCGCGCGUUUCUGGAUCUUUCAGCUCGGAGGACGAUGCGCCCCUCGUCCACGUCCUGUCGGCGAUUAGGAGGGUCCAGAAGGAGACGGACGAGGCCGUGGACGUCGUGGUCCUCUCGCCGAGCAUGCUCGGACGCUGAGGAGAAGAAAUCGAGGCGCUCCGGGGGCCACUACGUCAAGGCAGCUGGGGGCGCCUUCGAGGGUGCGUGGUGGAAGAUCGGCGGGGACGGCGUGAUUGCGUAG